UGAUAUACAGGGUAUAAAAACACUAAGCUAACAGUCCUAACACCCUCUGUUGCUUAGUUCGUCUAUUUGAUACUCCAACAUUUUUGUACAGAUGACAGGAAACCUAUGUAGGAGGCGAGGAGCCGCUCCUUAACCGUCGACCACCGUUCACCAUCGCCGUCAAAUGCUUCUCCCAUGUCACUAGCUGUCAUCGUCGUGCACUGCUGCUCUCACGUCCAUAUUUAGAGUAACUAGUACCUAAGUAGCACCGGGAUGGAAAUGCAAACGGAAACGGAGACGGAAACGGAGACGAGGAAACUCUAAACUCAAAAUAUCAAGAUACGGGGUCUUCAGGGUUGCCGUUUAGGCAACACCUAGCUAUAUUUGUUCGGUGGUGUUUCGUUCAGGCGAGCACGGUGCCGAGAUCUUCUGUUAUUGGCAGCGAGCGUGGAGGGCACACCGAGAACUCUCGCAGGGUAGCGACAUGAGUAUUUUAUUGUGGAAUUGUAGAGGACUGGCGAUUGGGGCAGAGGAAGAAGAACUGGAUCUAGAUGAAGCUGAUGUUGAGUGUGUGGCGGAUGAGCGGCGGGCGCGUCCCCCUUCGGAGCCGCCGCCCUGGAGUACAACGCCUAAGUGGAUUCAGUUUCAAAGGCAGAAGAUUUGGGUGCUUGUGCAGGUUAACCAGUUCGGGCGACAGAUCAAGCUUUUUAGUUGUAUUUUCUUAUUUCCAGACUAUUCUGUUUGUUUUGGGUUUUGUUUUGUUUUUGUGUUUCCUUUCCGUGAGACGAUUGAUUUGGAUAUGGGGAAUAAGGGAAUUGGGGUAACCGUCUGUGGCUCAUUUGUGCCCAUUAAUGGAUCAGCGAGUUAUAUUACUUCUGUUGAGGUGAUUAAUUCCGAGUCUGAUUCGCGGGACAGCGGUUGUCAGGAUUCUGUUUGUCGGAUUACCCAUUAUCUAAAUGUUGAGAUAUCAAUAUAAGCCUAAUUCUUC